AUGGCUAGCUCUGCGCUACGAUACUACCGGACUGCCGUGGGAGCUGCCGAUGGACUAAAGGAGUGCCAAACCUCGCAGCCUCCUACCAGAGCUCAGCUAGCAGGCUUCUUCGACACGUGGUUGAAUUCCAGGCUAGCUCGGAUGGCGCAGAAGGUUGCUUUUGACGAGUUCGUCCAAGCAGCCAUCGAUAGGAGUUUGCCAUCGGCAGCCGAUGCAAGACCCAUGGAUUAG